AUGUUUCUAUUGUCACGCCAUUUCCAUCAUAUUCCUUCUUUUAUUUCCCUACCUAUUUCAAGAUCUAUACUUCUUUUCUUUGCCUCCAUAUUUUCUUCUUUCCGCCAUUUUGAAUUUUACACUGAGUUUUUGUUUCCUGUCCAUUUCUGUCUUUUUUAUUUUUCGUUCAUAUUGUGUCUUUUGUUCUUUUUUUCGCCCGUUUCUUUUAUGUUUUCUUUUAUUAACAUUGUCUUUUCUUUUUCUUUCUUUUAUCUACUUUUUUCCUUCAAAUCUUUUCUUUCCAAUUUUCUUUUCUUCAUUGUCCACCCUUUUUUCCUUCCACCCUUCCUUACAUUUUGCUAUACAGUUCAUUCUUUACCCCGCCAUUUUUUUUCUUCCCGCUUAUUUUUCUUCAAUGCCAUAUUUUUAUUCUUCUACACUUUCCAUUUUUUUUUUCUUCUCUUGUUCGCAUUUCUUAUUGACCGGAAGAUAUGCGAACAUUUUGAUCAGGAUACUUGCCUGCAGUUCGCUAUUGGUUCCAUUUUUUUUUUUUCUCACUUUUCUCUUUCUUUUAUAGAAUUGUUAUCUCUUCCCGAAUUCUACCAAAUUCUAGCCUCUGUCAUUUGUAUUGUUUUUAUCGGGUAA